AUGACUAACAGUCAUAACAAUAUAUUAUUGCUCUCCCCUACUUCUUUUAUAAUUAAUUCCACAAUUGCAACCAAUGUAAAUAAUAGAAAUAAAAUUAGCAGUAGUAAUUAUAGUAGUAAUGAUAAAACGCAAUAUUUUGACACAAGUACAUUUGUGCAAAAACUUGAAGCUGAAGGAUUUACUCGGCAACAAAGCGAAGCUAUAAUGAAAUCAAUGUCUGAAGUAUUGGAUGAAAGCAUGAAUAAUCUAAUUAAAAAUUUGGUAACAAAGGCUGAACAAGAGAAGACAAUUUACAAGUCAAAGGUGGAUUUUGCACAGUUGAAAUCUGAAAUACAAAUGUUAGAAAAGAAUGAUUUUCAAAUGUUGAAGACUGACAAUGAAAGAAUAAUUAGCGAGGUAGAAAAAUUAAAUCAAAAGCUAACAGAAAGUAUUAGACACACACAAGCUAAUGCGAAAUUGGAAUUAAAUUUGGAAAAGGGUAGAAUAAGAGAUGGUGCUAGUACAUUGGAAUUGAAAAUCAAAGAAACUGAUUCAAAAAUUGAUGGCGAAAUAGGCAAGUUGAAGACUCAAAUGGAAUCCAUAAGAUUUCAAAUAUUACAAUAUAUUCUUGGUACAUUGACUGGUGCUGGUGCUUUAAUUUUAGCAUAUUUACGUAUGCUUCGUUGA